AUAGCGGUUUGCAACAAACAACGAAUCUCCGCAAAAUAAUAGGCCUUAUAUAUUUGGAAAAUGAAUCAAAUGUACCUUGCUUGGCAUGGUCAAAGGAAUCAGCUACAGCCUUGUGGUGUGGUUUGGCGUUUUUACCCUGCUAACACUGGAGAGAGCGGAUAACAUAUAAUGUUUUUCGAGUUGCGCAACUGAGUUAAAUCGAGUUUUACAUUAGUUACACAACGGGAAGCAGUGCCGCGACAGGACAACUAACAAGUGGAAUAAAUCAUUCUUGAUAAUCAUUCGAUAAUUUGAAACUAAGACAAUGUUUUCUCCCAAUUCGAUUAAAUAUGCAGUGUUAUUUUGCAACACUUUGUUGAUUUUGACGGUUGAUUGUUUGUCGUCACAAAACAAGGGCGAAAGGGGCACUUCCUAUUUCAGAAACUCAACCGCCGAAGGAGUAAUACUCUCAUUUAAUGAUAUUAACAACGCGAGCUUUAAAACGCAACGAGUUAAAUUUGGACUGUUUUCGGGUAAACUUGACAACCGGUACGAUAAAGAGGUAAAUUUACGGAUUUCGGUUAAACUACCUUAUGUGCGUGACCUACGGAAACACCUAUUAAUGAUGCGCAUGCGCACAGGUGGCAAGGCGUUUUCAAGAUACCGACCCACUGACUUAACUCAACUUCACAAAAAAGAUAAAUUAAUGCAGAAGAAACGACAAAAUAUAUGGUACUUUAUUACUCUAUCUAGUCCAGCAACCGACACUGUAUCGAGAGAGACACAUGCCAAAUCAAACAUAUCUCUUCAGAACGUGGAUAAUAAACGAACAGUUGAUAAAGAAAGAUACACGCAGGAAAAAAACUGGACUACACAUCCAUUUUAUGUGAGGAAAAUGCUUCAACAAAGAGCAGUAGAGGCGAAACAAGCGUUUUCAAACAAAAAAGCAGGCGCCGUUAACUACACAACUACACAAAUAAUCUUGCGGCCGAAUCAUCAGCCAAAUUAUUUAUUGAUGAACCAAAGAAGAAUGCCAGGUACACUACUGUUACGCCCCCGACGACAGGCGUCCACUGAACAGAAAACUGUCAAGGUCGACUGGGGCCUGGGGAGGGGCUUAAAACUCUGGGAAAUCGCUGCCAUCGUCGCCGGAUGUGGUCUUUUUGUAACGCUCGUUAUCAUUGGUGUGAUCUGGAGCUGCUGCGCGUGGUCAAGUGCACGCAAUCCAGCUUUACCAGCCAGAAGUCCGUAUGGGGGUGUGGAAGCUGACAAGAGGCGUCCGUCCAUGAUGAAUCCGCACUACAACCAGAAAGCAGAUAGUUUAUUUAAGAGAGAGGCACUCCGCAGCGGAGCCGCUGACGGGACGCCCUAUUAUGGAUCUCGCAGAGGGACGCAAGUUUGGUCACCGAAGCCCGACGACGCACCAAAUCAAAAACAUUAUUUGGUAUCCCCGACGCCUGUCCUCAGGUCCUAUACGCCGAGAAACAGUUUUAGCAUGGUGCCCGUGAUAAUGCCUCCUCAGGACCACGACGGCAACCACGGGGCGAGCCCAGUCCUUCCUCACCGAAGGGAAGUCAUGGAACCAAUCCAAGGGUCGCCGGUGCAGGAACGUCGAUGGAGUGGAGCCAGUCAGGGCAGGAGUGCUGCAUUUCCAACUAUUAAGGAAAAAGAAACUUUAAGCGCGUCGCCUUCGCCGGAGCCAAAAACACCAAAGAAGUACGACAACGGCCGAAGAAGCGGACGAUCUGUACGCCGCAUUAGUGCUAUUUCACUGUCAGAGAAUAUGGACACAUUCAAACAAAUACCCUGGGGAGACAUUAGUGCACCGAAAGAUGCGUUUGGGGCAGGUUGAUUUUGAUGACACUUUGAUG